GUUGGUCUGAGACGUGAGCCAAUCAGAAUCGUCCAUCAGUUUGAACGUGAAGCGCCUCUGUAACAUGGUUCCUGCUGGAGCUGUUGUUCUGAACACGGUUCCUGACACUCAGAUGGUAGAGUUACUGAGAGAAACACAUAUAUAUACUGAAUGUGAUCGGUGGACGGCAAUUUAAGUUUACUUGGGGAAUAAACAGAAAACACAAGAUGAGUGUGUUUGGUCAAGGUAAACCGGCCUAUCUGAAGACCUAUGGCAAACAGAAGCGCAGGGUGGAACAGUGGUUCUCUCCUGACAUGAGAAAGAAAGCAUUCUCCUUCUCCAGUACACCAUCAUCUGACCAGUCCAUCCCAGAGCUCACUUCCAAAAAACGAAAAACCACCAACAAAAAAAGCACAGCUUCAACCAGUUCCAGGACUUUGCGGAUGGCAAAAAAGAAAGCUAUGGAAGCCUUAAAAGAGCUGGAAAGUGACGAGGAAAGCAUUAUUAUUCCAGGAACAGCUUGCAGGAGGAAACCAAGCACCAAGCUAAUUAAGAAGACUGUGGUCACAAGCAGGUCCAGCAAUGAGGAACAUGUCCGUCAGCACCCAGUGAGGAUGAGGAAAAAACAGCCACUUCUCAGCAACAGCGAGAAUGAGAGUGACUCUUUUGUCACAAAGAAUAAAUAUUCAAAUACCUUUAGGAAGAGACCAUCUAAUGGCAAACAUAUAAAGCACAGAGAAUCAGUUGGUCUGCCCCAUGUGGACAGAUUCGUCACACAUCGCAAGAGAGUGCUCCGUGUGCAGUCGGAAAAGCACACCUUUGAGCAAAGUCUUGAGAUUUCCAGCAACAUCUUGAAUACAUCAAAAGACUCUAUUAGUGGUGUUCCUCCAUUUUCUCAUUAUGUGACGAAUUGCAGACAGCCCACCACUCAGCAGGAGUCACAUAGACAUUCAGGCUCAGUUUUACGUGAAGUCUCAUUAAAUGAUAUUGAGGAGCGGAUGAUGUCCUGUAAACGCCCACUGCUGUCCAGUACCCCAUCCCUGGUUUCUAAACGAACCCUACACUGUCUUGAGCCUUCUAUUAGUGAGAUCUCAUCCUUUAGCUGCGAUGAGUUGGACAAGCCUCCUCCACUAAAAGAAAGCAUGGCCAAUGAUCUAAUGAGGAAACCAAGGAAACAUGGCACACUGCAGGAGAGCAAACGACGUGCAAAGCACACCCCAAAAGCUAAGACAGUGCACCAGAAAGAAGAGUAUACAGAGUAUGUAAAUACACAAUCUAAGCUGAAACUGGACGUAGAUCACACAUGCUCAAGUACUGAGUUUGUGUCUACUCAGCCAUACAUAAAGCAGUUGAAGAAGAGGCGUGUCAUCAUGCUGGAGGAGCCAGAUGUUUUGGACAUGCAUUCAAGUGAUAAUGAGAAACAGGAGGUAGAAAAAAGAUUUUCACCCAGAUUGGAGGCGGGGUCUGUCACUUCAGAGAUUGUUAUGCCAAGCUGCCAUGCCAAGGAAACUUGUCACAUGUCUUCAGAUUAUGCCAUGUCUGAUUCUAGUACCCAAGCUCCCCGGUUAUCCUCCUCAGUCAGCCCAUCUUCUGCUUUAACUGUUUCUUCUCUGUCUGCACCUCCAAUUUAUGAAGUCAGCAGUUCACUCCAAACACAAAUUGAUCGCCUUAAGGUAGAGUGCCUGUCCUCUUGUCUCACUGUCUGCCUCCAGCGUCUGGAUCUGAGCCCCAUCUGCCAGAUCCAUCAAGAGACAAUAGAAAUCCAUAAGGCUCAGAUUGCUCAUUCACUUUCUUCAGAAAGCAAAAAAGGCCCAAAUUCCAGGAACUUGAAUUUUCCUUGCUUGAGGGACACUGAAUCAGGAGAACAAUCAUCUGUCAGUGAAUUUCAGACUGAAGGACUAGUUAAACAGAUGUCUGCCUCCUUCAUGCUAACUGCCACCUCACCUGCACCUAUUAAAGCUUCCAGUAAAAUGCCACUGGCAAAAGAAAAUAGUGGUCUUUGUACCAGCCGUAAAGUAUGUGUGAGCGGACUGAAUUCUAGCCGGUGGUCAAGGAGAGGUGUGAGUGAGCGUAACAAAAGGCAGAGGCAGAAUGAAACUAGGACUAAACCAGGAGACUGCUCAUCCAAUGACCUUCUACACACUGGAGUUGAUUCAUACAUGGGGGAAUCUGCUUGGCUGCAGAGCAGCAAAGUGAUUGAAUUGCCUAAGACCCCCCUCCGUGUAGAACUGCUGAACCUUUCCUCCUUUCUGACCACCUUCACCCCAGACUCGCUCACAACACAGACCUGGGGACGUCUCAAAGCUGCACUGUCCAUACACAAGAAGAAGACAGCAUUUCCAACCCCCCGAAAGCUGGCACUAUCCAAUCUCAAGUGUCCAGAUCUAGCAGACAUCAGUCUAGAUCUGUUUGGCACACAAGCAUCUAAUCAUGUUUCCUCUCACCCACGUCAGUCCAGCAUAGCCAGUACCUCCAUGCUUUCUUUCAAUGAAGACAUCAGUGAUGCUGAGAAGGUGUAUCAGGAGUGUCAUCAGGAAGGACCUGUUUGCUUUGAGGAUUGCAUUCCCCCAGAAAGCAUGGAACACUGCAUCAAGAUUGGAGAGGGCACGUUUGGAGAAGUGUUCUCCAUGGUCAACAAGGCCUUUCAGACCGUUGCUCUUAAAAUUAUUCCAGUGGAAGGCCAUCAGAAAGUCAAUGGUGAACCACAGAAAAAUUUCGGAGAAAUUCUUCAUGAAAUUAUUAUUUCUAAGGAACUAAGUGCACUUAACUCCAAGGACCACAACAAAACAAAUGGUUUCAUCGGCCUCAUUAAUCUUCACUGUGUUCGUGGAUGCUAUCCCAGUGCUCUGCUCAAAGCUUGGGACAAGUUUGACCAAGAAAAGGGAUCUGAGAAUGACAGACCUGAUUUCUUUGGUAAGGAGCAGCUCUUUCUGAUCCUGGAGUUUGAGUUUGGCGGCAGUGAUUUGGAGAAUAUGAAUGGAAAGCUCACAUCCAUGGCCCAAGCUAAAAGUUUGCUGCACCAGGUUGCUGCUGCAUUAGCUGUUGCUGAAGAGGCACUUUGCUUUGAACACAGAGACCUGCAUUGGGGAAAUAUUCUGGUUAAAAAUACAAAAGAGAAGCAUAAUCAGUUUAUUCUGAAUGGCUCAGUACACUCCAUAGAGACACGAGGAGUUCAUGUGAACAUUAUAGACUAUUCACUUUCACGUCUUGAGAUUGAUGGCCUAACAGUGUCGUGUGAUAUAGCAAAUGAAGAGGAGUUGUUCAUGGGCCAGGGUGACUAUCAAUUUGAAAUCUACCGCCUGAUGAAGAAAGAGAACAAUAACUGCUGGACGGACUAUAACCCUCAUUCCAACGUGCUGUGGCUACACUAUCUGGCGGAUAAGCUUUUGACGAUGAAGUACAGGAACAAAUCACAGACCAGCCAGCAGAAGGCAUUAAAGAGCAGCCUCAAGUCUUUUCACUCAGAGAUACUCAACUACCAUUCAGCUAAAGAUGUCCUCUUACAUUCCACUCUAUUUCAAUGAUCUGCUCCUGUUGAUUUGUUUUUAAUCAGUGCUAUCAGGCCUGUUUAAAUUGCAAAGCACAUGUAAACUGCUUAAACAUGCUUAACCCUUUGCAAAAAAGAAUUCAUAGCAAAUAAUAAAAGUUUUUUUUUCCCUUAGAGUAAAAGGAUAGUCAAGUGUGUUGUCAUUCCUCAAGAAUAUGGUUCAAUGCAGUAGCAAGAAAUGGAGGACUACAUAAAGUGUAAAUAUUUAAGCAUAAGAUGAGCGCAAAAUGUACACUAAAUAAAUAGGACAACCAAACCAGUGUACCCAAAUGUAACCUGUAAACUCUAUCAUUUUAUUCAAGUGUGUACAAAAAAGAAAGCAGUGUGACAAGUAAAAAGUGUUUCCUUUCAGGUAUACAUUCAUCUGAUUGUUGUAUAAUGUCAUAGAAUAGAUUUUGAUUAGCUGUUCAAAACAUCAGAUUUGCUUGCAACACUACAGUAGUAAGCCUCAUUAGCAACAAUGAUCAAUGAGUUAGCAUACAGGGAUGAGCAAGAGAACCUUGCAGAAUGAUACAACAAUCUCUCU